AGAGAGAGAGAGAGAGAGAGAGAGAGAGAGAGAGAGAGAUAGUUAAACAAGGAGGAGAGUCUGAAAUAAAGGCUCAAAGUUAAAAGUGGUGAAGGACUUCAUGCAAUCAUGGGCCCUUGGACCAAGACUACAACAGAGCGGUAUGGUGUUGUUAAGUGGAAUUUCGUUAGCCAAGGAGAAAAGCAUCUUUCCCUGGAAGUAGGAGAUACAGUUCACAUCCAGGAGGCCUGCGAUGGAUGGUACAGAGGAUACCUGGCCAGGAACAAAGCCCUACAGGGAGUGUUUCCUGCCAGUUUUGUCCAUCUGAAGGAGGUUAUCAUUGAAAAACGAGACAAUGAGGAGGUGGUGAUAUCAGCAGAGAUGCCUUUGGUGAAGGAGGUGACAACCACACUGAGAGAAUGGGGAAGCAUAUGGAAGCAGCUUUUUGUGGCCAAUAAAGAAGCACGUGUGAAACAGGUACAGAGGCUUAUGUGGGAGCUCAUGGAGUGGCGUUCCCAACUCCUCUCUGGCACUUUGCCUAGUGAUGAAUUCAAGGAGCUCAAGCAGAAAGUCACUUCCAAGAUUGACUACGGCAACAAGAUCCUUGAGCUGGAUCAGGUGGUUCGAGAUGAGGAUGGGAACAUUUUGGACCCAGAGAAAGCCAGUGUCAUCAGCCUUUUUCGAGCCCAUGAGGAGGCUACAACUAAAAUCAAUGAACGCAUCAAAGAGGAGCAGUCCAACAUCCAGACAGACCACUGUGGAAUCUCAGCACGGAUCCAGUCAUCUCCCACCCAUAGUCUUUAUGUCUUUGUCAGAAACUUUGUGUGUCGUAUUGGAGAAGACUCAGAGCUCUUCAUGUCCCUCUAUGACCCAAUCAAACAGACCAUUAUCAGUGAGAACUACUUGGUGCGGUGGGGCAGCAAAGGUUUCCCCAAGGAGAUUGACAUGCUCAACAACCUGAAGGUGGUCUUUACUGACUUGGGAAACAAGGACCUGAGCAGAGAGAAGAUUUAUCUAAUUUGUCAAAUAGUGAGAGUAGGCAGGAUGGACUUGAAAGAGAGCAACAAGAAGUGCACUCAAAACCUACGCCGACCGUUUGGGGUGGCAGUGAUGGACAUUAGUGAUAUCAUCAAAGGGAAGAUUGAAUGUGAUGAGGAAAAGCAAUUUUUCAUUCCUUUUUUCCCGGUAGUUGCUGAGAAUGACUUUCUGCACACAUUACUAAACAAAGUGACAGCAUUACGAGGAGACAGUGGUGGCCAAGGUCUGUGGGUGACAAUGAAGGCACUGGUAGGAGACAUAGUACAGAUCAGGAAGGAAUACCCUCACCUGGUGGACCGCAGCACUGUGGUGGCCCGUAAACUGGGCUUCCCCGAGAUCAUCAUGCCUGGAGAUGUUAGAAAUGACAUCUACCUCACACUGCAGGGAGGCGACUUCGACAAGUACAACAAAACCACUCAGAAAAACGUGGAAGUCAUCAUGUGGGUCUGUGAUGAGGAGGGCAAGGUCAUACAGAACUCCAUCUGCCUGGGAGCAGGGGAUAAAGGGGUCAGUGAGUACAGAUCGGUCAUCUACUACCAAGUCAAACAGCCCCGCUGGAUGGAGACGUUUAAGGUGGCAGUCCCUCUGGAAGAAAUGCACAGAAUUCAUUUACGCUUCAUGUUCAGACACCGCUCAUCACUGGAGUCCAAGGACAAGGGUGAGAAGAACUUCGCAAUGGCCUUUGUGCGUCUAAUGAAAGAGGAUGGAACAGUUUUACAAGAUGGACUGCACGACCUUGUUGUCUUUAAGGGUGACAGCAAGCGCAUGGAGGAUGUGAGCUCCUACUUGUCAUUGCCCUCCACCCGCCACCACCAUGGUGACCCCCACAAGGGGGCAACGCUGAGCCGUAGUUCCAGCAGUGUGUCUGGAAGUGGAGGAGGCCUGUCUGUCAGCUCUCGAGACAGUUUCACUAUCUCCACUCUGGUCUGUUCCACAAAGCUCACUCAGAAUGUGGGUUUACUGGGACUGCUCAAGUGGAGGACUCGACCUGAGCUCCUCAAAGAAAAUCUUGAGAAACUCAAAAUCAUUGAUGGGGAAGAGGUGGUCAAGUUCCUGCAGGACACGUUGGAUGCCUUAUUCAACAUCAUGAUGGAGCACUCUCAGACCGAUGACUAUGAUAUUCUUGUGUUUGACGCCUUGAUAUACAUCAUAGGUCUCAUUGCUGACAGAAAGUUUCAGCAUUUCAACACUGUGCUGGAGGCCUACAUCAAGCAGCAUUUCAGUGCCACGCUGGCCUACAAGAAGCUGAUGUCAGUGUUGAAGAGGUAUCUGGAUGUGUCCAGUCGUGGGGAACAGUGUGAACCCAUCCUCCGAACCCUCAAAGCCCUUGAGUACAUCUUCAAGUUCAUCGUUCGCUCACGCAUGCUCUACUCCCAGCUGUAUGAGGGGAAGGAGCAGGAAGAGUUUGAGGACUCGCUACGGAGACUUUUUGAGUCCAUCAACAACCUGAUGAAAACAGAUUACACCACCAAUUUGCUGAACAGGGUCGCGGCUCUGAAGUACCUGCCAACUGUCCUUCAUGAUGUUGAGAAAGUUUUUGAUGGCAAACUCCUCAGUCAGUUGCUCCAUGACUUUUAUUCUUGCAUCCCUCCUGAGAAACUUCAGAAACAGAAGGUGGCAUCCAUGACUGAAAUUGUCAGCAGCCAACUCUUCCAGAGACAAGAAUGCCGUGAUAUCUUAUUGCCUAUGAUGCUGCGGGAGCUGAGCGGGGCAUUAUCCAGUAUGGCUGAAGACCCUCAUGAUGAUAGAAGAAAUAGCCUGGAGCUGCUCAACAACAUCCUGGAGGUCCUCAGCAGGGACAAUGUGGGGGGCACAUUUCAGCAUAUCCAGGACAUCGUAGUGUCUCUGCUGUCCAUCAUCAACCGGACAGUCAUCACAAUGGGUAGAGAGCACACCCUCAUUUCCAGGGUAGUGGCCUGCAUGACAGCUAUCCUCAGCCAGAUGGAUGAUUGUCAUUACUCAACAUACAUCGAAACCUUCACUGGAACGACCGAUCUAGUAGACUUCUUGAUGGAGUCCUUUCUCCUCUUCAAAGACCUGAUUGGGAAACAUGUGUAUCCCUCUGACUGGAUGGCCAUGAUCAUGGUACAGAACAGGGUGUUUCUGAGAGCCAUCAAUACCUACGCUGACACUAUGAACCAGAAGUUCCUCAAUAAUGAUGACUUUGAAGUACAGUUGUGGAAUAACUACUUCCACUUGGCGGUGGCAUUUAUUACUCAGGAGUCUUUGCAGCUUCAGCACUUCUCACCAACCAAGAGGAACAAGAUUCUGGCUAAGUAUGGAGAUAUGAGAAGACUGAUUGGCUUUGCUAUUCGUGACAUGUGGUACAAACUAGGCAGCCAUAAGAUCUGUUUCAUCCCUGGCAUGGUGGGUCCCAUCUUGGAGAUGACAUUGAUCCCGGAGGAAGAGUUGAGAAGGGCGACAAUUCCCAUCUUCUUUGAUAUGGUCACCUGUGAACAUUCUCACUCCGGAAACUUUCACAAGUUUGAGAAUGAGAUUAUCCUGAAGUUGGACCAUGAGGUGGAGGGUGGAGGCGGAGAUGAGCGAUAUAUGCAACUCCUGGAAACCAUCCUCCUGGACUGUGCUGCAGAAAAUCCCACACUGAGACCACAAGUGCAGCACUUUGUCUCUUUGGUGAAGGGACUCCUCAUUCGUCUCCUUGACUACCGCACAGUGAUGAGUGAUGACAGCCGCAACAACCGCAUGAGCUGCACUGUCAAUCUUCUGAACUUCUACAAGGACAUCAAUCGUGAAGGGAUGUAUAUCAGGUACCUUUACAAGUUGAGGGACCUUCAUCUGGAGGGUGAAAAUUACACAGAGGCAGCGUACACACUCCUGCUCCACUCUCGCCUGCUCAAGUGGUCAGAUGAAAUGUGUAGCCCUCAGUUUGAGUUCCACGGCUCCCAAACACAGCGGCAGCUCAAAGAGACGCUCUACGACACCAUCAUUGACUACUUUGACAAGGGCAAGAUGUGGGAAGAGGCCAUCACUCUGUGUAAGGAACUUGCUGAACAGUAUGAAAACGAAAUCUUUGACUACGAGUUGCUCAGCAAAAGACUGGAGAAACAAGCCAAGUUCUAUGAGAACAUUAUGAAGAUCUUGAGACCAAAGCCAGACUACUUUGCAGUGGGCUUCUACGGACAGGGCUACCCUCCAUUCCUCAGGAACAAGGUGUUUAUCCACCGUGGUAAGGAGUAUGAGCGCAGAGAGGACUUCCAGACCCAGUUGAUGAGCCAGUUCCCCAGUUCUGUGCGUCUCAAUACGACCACCAUGCCUGGGGAUGACAUCAGGAACUCUCCACUCCAGUAUAUCCAAUGUUUCACAGUACAGCCCGUCCUCGAGAUCCCUCCCCGUCUGAAGAACAAACCAGUCCCUGACCAGAUUAUCAACUUCUACAAAUCCAACUACGUGCAGCGUUUUCAUUAUUCCAGACCCGUGAGAAAAGGACCGGUGGACCCAAACAAUGAGUUUGCUUCCAUGUGGAUUGAGCGCACAACAUUCACCACUGUGUAUAAACUGCCGGGGAUCCUGCGCUGGUUCGAAGCCACUGACAUGAAACAUACAACCUUGUCACCACUGGAGAAUGCCAUCGAGACCAUGGAGUCGACCAAUGAGAAGAUUCUGACCAUGAUUAACCAGUAUCAGGCAGACUGGAGUCUUCCCAUCAACCCUCUCUCUAUGCUGCUUAAUGGCAUUGUGGACCCGGCUGUCAUGGGCGGCUUUGCCAAGUAUGAAAAGGCGUUCUUUACUGAUGAGUACACUCAGCAACACCCUGAGGACAGAGAUAAACUGCUGCGCCUCAAAGACCUCAUCGCAUGGCAGAUACCAUUACUGGGUGGAGGGAUCUCUCUUCACGGAAAGAGAGUGACUGAUGACCUGCGUCCAUUCCAUGAACGCAUGGAGGAGUGUUUCAAACAGCUGAGGAAGAAAGUGGAGAAGGAGUAUGGAGUGAGAGAACUGCCUGACUUAGAUGAGAGGAAGUCCACUCGUCCUCGUUCUAUGCUGCGCUCCAUUCGUCAGUCUAUCAUCUCAAUCACCUCGCUGCAAGGAUCUGAGUGUGGGACUCCAACAAAGACCCAUGCUGACAGGGACCUCCCCCCUGAAUCACCAGUCUCCUGGAGCUCCACCCUGCCACGCUCCAGCGGCAGUGUGAGUGUGGUGGAGGAUGGUGUGAUGACGGUGGGCGACACAGAGGUGAAACUGAGGAAGAGUAAAAAGAAGAAGAAGAGGAGUAGCAUGAUCUUCAUUACAGAGGAGAGAGAGAGGACGAGUACACUGGACUGCAAACGGCUGUCUAAGAAACAAGAGUUCCGCAGUGACACCAACUUGUCAGAGCCAAAUGAGGGAAAUGUCUCAUUGGCCAGUGCAAACUCCAGAUCCUUACCUGCCAUUACAGGUCUGUCUCUGGCAGUGGUGGGAGGUUCAGAGGAGGCAGACAACACCAGAGCCAGAAGGGACAGUAAGAGCAUGUCGGUGUGUGUGACAUCUGACCGAACAGCAGACAGACGAUCAAAGGGCGUCAUCAACCUCCUCUUUAAAUCCAAGAGCUCCAAAUCAGAGGAUGUGAAACCCACUGAUCCAACCAAGGACAACAGCAAUCAUUUCUGAUUCAUUCCGUUGUGUUUGCUUGAUCUUUACAGAUUUAAAUACAUUUUUCUUACAAAUAAGUUUACAUCAACAUUCAUCAGGAGCCGAAGAUGUGCUCUUAUUUGCUCAUUCACUUCGCCUGUCAGUCUCAGUAUUGCAGUUGCUUUAAUAUAAUUGAUUUUACCUAUCAAUAAAGGCUAUUUUUGCAGCGUGA